AGCAAUGAAUCGCUGGGUCACAUAGACCGGUAAACUUAUACCGACGUGUCUGACAAGUCGCGGUGCGGUAAAGUGGAUGUUGUCUAUAUAAUUUUUACACCCUGCAGUCCCUGCACUUCUUCAGGAAGCGUCAGUCCACACUCCACGAGAGCAUUUUGCGGUAACAGGAAAAAGGUCGUCAUAUAUGUGUGGUCAUGAGUUUUUAAAAUGAAAAAGCAACUAAUAAGUGGCUGGUUCAAAUUGAAAAAGAUUGAUGGAGGAGCCAACGCGAAAGGAAAAUACCUGUUUUAUAUCCUACGAUAUUUUGAGAAUCAUUUUUCAGUAUUUAGAUGCAAGGAAUCUGGCGAGCGCGGCGAUGGUUUGCAGAUCCUGGUUAGAAGCUGCUAAUGAUGAGAAAUUGACAAGAGGUCCUUAUUGCUUACAACUUUAUACACAACACGAUUUUUUAUGUUGUAUCAAGAAUAUAAGAAUUAAACCAUCAGUAGGUUUCUUUUUCAUUCCUACAGGAAUCAGAUAUGAAAUAGAAGAACAUGUAGAGACUUUUCUACCAGAGUUGCUACCUAAACGUUGUGAAAUUAUAAUGUUGUGUAGCAGAUAUGUUAUUCUGGAAGAAGUAAUGUGUCAACAAUAUCCACAUAUGGUAUGUGCGUUUUUGCCACAAGUUCCGAAUGUGAAAGUAAAAUCAUUCGAACUGUCCGAAAAUUGUAAUCGUAACAUAUGGCAAACAGUCGAAUAUCAGGAGAUAAUUAACACAAUUAUUAAUAAUGAAAUAUCUACCUCGAAUCAUGAGACAUCUACAUGUUUUAUGCUAUUUUGUAACAACUUUUCAUAUAACUUAUAUUCAUAUUGUGACACAGCAAUAGGUAUUGUCACAGCAAAACGUUGGGCCUCAGCCAUACAGCAAAGCAUAAAAAAUAAAGCGGUUUCCGUAUGGGGUGGUGUGGUGGAAAACAUUCAUGCACAACGUGCACGUACUGGCUCGUGCAAAGCACAUAGAGUCGAGCCUUUUGAGAAAUCGCACACAUCUUGUGUCGCCGUUCUAAUUACUGGCCUUAUACGGACGUGGUCCACGAUUUUGGAAAGGAAAUGCAAUACGAAGAAGCGAAUCGAAGCGAGAUUAAUGUUAUUUAAGGACAAAGUGAAAUUAAAGAAACAUUCCAUAGGAUUUAUUUUCACGAACAAAAUGCGUACAGGUCCUAUAUACAACGACGCACCGUACAAUGAAGAAUCAAUGAUAUUCAAAAGAUUAUUCCCCAAAGUACCCUUAGUAGGUUGCUCCGAUUAUAUUGGCGAGUUCGGAAAAACUACUGCCAUCGAUGAGGCGAGCGAAGAAAGAAACAGUAAAAAGAAACAAAAUUGUAAGAAAUCUAAAUCUUGGUAUAAGGAAAGUUCUACUGUAUUUUUGAUACUUACGUAUGAUUAACGUUUUUAAAGAAGAUAUAUAUAUAAGACUGUUGCGAACAUAUUUUAUUACUCGUAUAUUAAUUAAGUCUUAUAUUUACCAAUUUUUUCUGUUAUUAAGGAGAACAUGAAAACAAUGAUCGUUCGAUAUUCACAGAGCAAUAAUGUACAGUAUAACAAACGUAAUUGUAGCAAUUCCAAAUACAGAGAUUUGUACCUUA